UGUUAGGUGACUGGCAGCGAUCCAACAAACUUUCACAAUCCACUGUAAGGAAGGACAUUUGAUUAUACAAAUGCUCUUUUACAAACUGCGUUAGUAACUUUGAUUAAAGUUGGAGUGAGUUUAGCCAUGGCAGACGCCGACGGCCGGGAUCGCGCGGAGGAACAGGGCGCGGGGGGCGAAGAUUUCAUCGAUGACCCCAUCAUGGUACAGGGGGCUUUGAUUCUGAGAGGGUAUGUGAUGCACUGUAUCAGCGCCAAUGACCCGGCCAUGCAGGUCUCCUCUGAGGACCUGGGUGGGGCCCGCAAAGAGCAGCAAGACCCUCAGAUCAAGGAGGUGGUGGAGAUGCUGCGGAAAAAAUCCGACGUCCUGGACCAGAACACUGAGUUUGAGAACCUGAUCAGCCAGGUCCAGGGGAACUGUGUCCAGGACGUCUUGAUGAAGGUGGCUAAGAGCAUCUUCAAUGACGGCAUCACCUGGGGCCGUGUGACGUGCCUCUUCUACCUCGCCUACAAAUUCAUCUACAAGGCGGCUGACCAUAUGAACCACAUGGAGAACAUCCGGAUCAUCAUCAGCUGGGUGCUGCAGUUCAUCAGGGAGCAGCUGCACACCUGGAUCGCUCAGCAGGGGGGCUGGGGGAGAAAGGAGGGCGUGGUCAGGGGUAUCUCCCGCUGGCGGACGGUGACGGCGCUGGCCUCCGUGGUGCUGGUGGUGGCCUUCGUCUACUACAGGGAGUCGCGCUAACGAGCCCCGGAGGCACUUCCUGUGGAGGGGAAGCUCAGUCAUCCUCCACACACUACUCCCUCUGCCGAGGCCCAGAGCCGUGUCCCGCCGUAUUACUCCUUCCCGUCGCGUCUCAGGGGUCCAAGGACUAAAACAUGCAAUAGAUAAAUCAGGUGAUGAUGAGGAAUGUGCUUUCUUUUAUUCUGCUUUACUGGCUGGGGGGGAGACUUUACUAACAAAGAUUGUUCUUAUCGUUAUUUUGUUCAUGUUGUGGAUUCCCUCUUGUCAGCGGAAAAUGAUCUCUGCUGAACAAGUGACCUUAUGUUUAUUUUUUUAAGAUUUUAAUGUUGGGGUUUUAAUUUGCGGGAGAUUUCCCCUAAUCGUUCAAAGUCCUUUGAGACUGUAAUGUGGAACCUGAGGGCAAAAAGGGUCAAAAGGGUAGCUGGGGGGUAUAAAGUCUAGCUUCUAGCUAGGGGUAUAGAGUCUGGCUUCUAGCUGGGGCUAGGGGAGCUUCAGUGACUCUGUUGGUCUCUCAUGGUAGGCCUACCGUCUCACACUUUGAAAAACCCUGCUCUAGACUAUACCCUUUCACUCAAGGUCAAGGUCAAGGUUAAACUUUAUUGUCCCUGUGGGGAAAUUUGUCUUGGGCACAGUGUAUCAUUGCUAUCUUAACAUACACAGAGUACAAAAUAACAAAAAAACACAACCACAGACACAAACACAACCAGACAAACCAACAUUUUAACAUCGAGAACAUCACGCUUGACUUAAAUUGCCCCUUGCUGUAUAACAUAGAAAUCUACAGUAUGGGGAUAAAGUGCAAGUGUUUACUGCACUAGAACUUAUGGAUAUUGUGCUAUGUGCUAAAGUGCUUAGUUCUAAAGUGCUAUGUGCUAAAGUGCUAUGUGCUGAAGUGCUAACUUACUUAUUGCACAUUAUUCUAUUGCACAUUGUUCGUCAGCUUAAUGGAGGCUGGGACAAAUGAUAAUUUAAGGCGGUUAGAUUUGCAUAGCGGCACACAGAGUCUUCUCCCUGAUGGCAGGGUUUCAUAUUCAGGUAAGAGUGUGUUGGGAGUUGGAAAUUAUUUUCUUUGCUUUUCUCCUAACUGCCUGCUCAUAGAUGCUCUGUAUAGGCUCAUAUUCUUUCCUCCCUACGAUUUUCAUUGCUGUUUUGUGCAUGCUGGCCAGUUUGCUUCUUAGCUUAACGGUUAGGUUGCCAAACCGUGAGGUGAUCGCAUAUCUAAGGAUGCUCUCUACAAUGGCACGGUAGAAAAUCAUCAUGAUGUGGCUGCGCUUACCGUGUACAAUCUUCGCAAAUUUCCCCAUAUAGUUGUUAGGGUGCACAGUCCUACAAUCAUUGGUGUACAAUGUAAACAGUGUUGGCGAUACAACGCAACCCUGUGGGACUCCUGUGUUGCAGUGUUUGUCUUUUGUUGACCUUCACUUGCUGUGUUCUGUUCGUUAAAAAAGAGUAAAACCAUUUGAUCAAGGUGGUGUUUACACUCAUGACUUUGAGAGUAUGUGAAUUUGCACUCUAUUAAAAGCU